AUGGUGAAUAAGAAUCAAGACACUGACGAAGUCAUACGUCAAGUUCGACGUAAUGAUAUGAAAACAGAUAAAAAAUUGGCAGCCAUGGUCGAAAGGAUUAUGGCACGAAACAGGAUAAACGUUGGCCUCCAUAGGCCAAACUAUAUGUCACCAUUAUCGAAGUAUAUUCUGCAGUCAGAGUUACCCCCGAGAUGGAAAGUGCCAAAGUUUAUAAAAUUCUCCGGGGAUGCUAGCGAAUCUACUGUCGAAGCAGGAGAUAUCGCAAAUAAUGAGAAUCUGAAAGUAAAGUACUUCCCUAGUUCCCUCACUAAGAAUUCCUUUACAUGGUUCAUGAUGCUCCCAACAAGUUCGAUUCACGAUUGGACUCAUUUGGAAAGACUGUUCGAUGAACAAUUUUACAUGGGGCAGUCGAAGAUUAGUCUGAAAGAAUUGGCUAGCAUUAAGCUUAAAUUCACUGAGCCAAUAGACGGAUAUCUUAAUAGGUUCUGUUCGCUAAAGGCAAGGUGUUUUACACAAGUUCCUGAGCACGAGUUAGUCGAAAUGGCCGCUGGUGGCUUAGAUUAUUCCAUCAGAAAGAAAUUGGACACCCAAUACUUGAGGGAUAUGUCCCAAUUGGCUGAUAGAGUUCGACAGGUAGAAUGCCUGAAGGCUGAAAAAGCCAAGGCGAAUAAGAAUAAUAGGAGAGAAAGAGUAGCCUAUGUCGAAUUAGAUGGAGAUGAUCAAGAGACACAUGGUGAUUUUUUAGAUUUCGACGAAAGCGAGAUUGAUCUCGCUGAAUUAAAACAAGGAUCACCCUAUUCUUGCAAGGUCCUUGCACCUUUGAAUGGGAAAAAUCCUAUCGAAUACGAAAAGAACGAUAAGUUCCCCAAGAAAACAUAUACCUUCGACGCCACUAAAUGUGACAAAAUCUUUGAUUUAUUAGUCAAAGAUGGCUAA